UCGGCGGAGGAUCGGCUGGGGCUCUGUCUCCAGGCGGGUGCUGAAGAUGGUGGCGGCUUCCUGCCCUCGCAGGCUGGCCCGGCGCUCUCGCUCGGCGAUCGUAGCGGCUCUGACCGUCUUGCUCAUCCAGACUCUGAUCGUAUGGAAUUUCAGCAGCCUGGAUUCUGGGGAUGAGCAGAGGGGGGAACGAGGAGGCGGCGGCAGCCGGGACAAGAGGGACAUCAGCGACAGAGAACGUCCCCGGCUAGGACAGGAGCAGCACCGCAGAGGAGCCGCAGCGGCGGCACUGCACAGCCAGGCUCUGGAUGGAUAUUUUUCUCACCGGCCAAAAGAGAAAAUGAGGACAGACAGCAAUAAUGAAAAUUCCGUUCCUAAAGACUUUGAAAAUAUUGAUAAUAGUAACUUUGCUCCAAGGACUCAAAGGCAUAAGCUUCAGACAGAAGUAGGAAAAACAACUCUUAGCAAGCAGAAAGAACAUUUAAAAAGGAAGCUAGCACUUGAAGACAAAGUAAAGGAGAAUUCAUUGCUAGGUAAAAAUUCCAAUGAAGUAUUACACUAUGGAGGUAACCCUUCAAAGAACCUCAGCACUAACAGCCUCAAAGAUGGAUAUAAAAGCUCUAAAUUGCACCAUGCAAAGAAGACUGGAAGUAGCUCUCCAGAAAUUAAGUAUGAGCUACCCCCAAAAUGUGAGAUCACGGGUAAAGAAGCAAUAUCAGCACUUUCUCGGGCUAAGUCAAAACAAUGUCGUCAGGAGAUUGCUGAAGUCUAUUGUCAACACAAGCAAGGAAAACUAAUGCCGGAGAAAGUAACAAGACUUUGUCCUUUAGAAGGAAAGGCAAAUAACAAUGUACAGUGGGAUGAAGAUUCAGUGGAAUAUAUGGCGACCAAUCCCGUGAGGAUAGCGUUUGUUUUGGUUGUUCAUGGCAGAGCCUCUCGACAACUCCAGCGAAUGUUUAAGGCAAUUUACCACAAGGACCAUUACUUCUACAUUCAUUGUGAUAAGAGAUCCAACUACCUGCACAGACAAGUAGUCCAGUUUGCCAGCCAAUAUCCUAAUGUACGUGUCACUUCAUGGAGAAUGUCGACCAUCUGGGGAGGGGCGAGUCUUCUGUCCACCUACUUGCAAAGUAUGAGGGACCUCCUAGAGAUGUCUGACUGGUCUUGGGAUUUCUUCAUCAAUCUCAGUGCAGCCGACUAUCCAGUCAGGACAAAUGACCAGUUGGUGGCUUUCCUCUCGAGAUAUCGUGAUAUGAACUUUUUGAAGUCACACGGAAGAGAUAACGCAAGGUUCAUCAGAAAACAGGGCCUGGACAGGUUGUUUCUGGAAUGUGACACACACAUGUGGCGUCUUGGGGAUAGAAAGAUUCCAGAAGGCAUUACUGUAGAUGGUGGCUCUGACUGGUUUCUCUUGAACAGGAAGUUUGUCGAGUAUGUGAUCUUUUCUAAUGACGAUCUUGUUAUGAAUAUGAAGCGAUUCUAUUCCUACACACUGCUUCCAGCUGAGUCCUUCUUUCAUACGGUGUUAGAAAACAGCCCUUACUGUGACACCAUGGUUGACAAUAAUUUGCGAAUUACAAACUGGAAUAGAAAACUAGGCUGCAAAUGUCAAUACAAACACAUUGUUGACUGGUGUGGCUGCUCUCCAAAUGACUUCAAACCUUCUGAUUUUCACCGCUUUCAGCAAACAGCAAGACCAACAUUCUUUGCACGUAAAUUUGAAGCUGCAGUGAACCAAGAAAUAGUUGGGCAACUGGACUAUUAUUUGUAUGGCAAUUACCCAUCUGGCACACCAGGCCUGAGAUCAUAUUGGGAGAACCUGUAUGAUGAACCUGAUGGUAUCCACAGUAUCAGCGAUGUCAUGUUGACUAUGUUCCAUUCGUUUUCCCGCAUGGGACUCAAAAGAGCUGAAGCAUCCCUACACACAGAUGGAGAAAACAGCUGCCGAUACUAUCCCAUGGGCCACCCGGUUUCAGUCCAUCUUUAUUUCCUUGCUGACCGCUUCCAGGGUUUUCUUAUUAAACAUCAUGCCACUAAUCUUGCAGUCAGUAAGCUGGAGACAUUGGAGACCUGGGUAAUGCCAAAGAAGGUCUUUAAGAUUGCCAAUCCCACUAGUGAUUUUGGCAGGCUGCAGUUUUCUGAGGCAGGAACGGAGUGGGACGCCAAAGAAAGAAUAUUUCGGAAUUUUGGUGGUAUCAUGGGGCCUAUGGAGGAGCCAACUGCAAUGCAGAAGUGGGGAAAAGGACCCAAUAUUACAGUCACGGUGGUGUGGAUUGAUCCUGUAAACAUCAUUGCUGCUACAUAUGACAUUUUAAUUGAAUCCACAGCAGAGUAUACUCAUUAUAAACCACCCCUGAACUUGCCUCUCAGGCCAGGAAUCUGGACUAUUCGCGUUCUUCAUCACUGGGUCCCUGUAGCUGAAACAAGAUUUUUGAUAUCGCCCUUGACUUUUUCAAAUAGGCAGCCAAUAAAGAGUGAUGAAGUUGGGAAAUUUCAUGGAGGACCUUCAAAAAAGGCUUACAUGGAACAGAGUUUCCAGGGACUGAACCCAGUAUUAAAUAUACCAAUUAAUUCCAUGCAAGUGGAGCAAGCAAAAAAGAAUGCUGGACUUAUAGGUUCUAAACUAGAAAGCUGGGUUGACAGCUUGGCAAGCAACAUCUGGUCAGCAGUGGACAUCUGCACCACAGGACCAUCCUCCUGUCCAGUCAUGCAGUCCUGCUCCCAGACUGCAUGGAGCUCACUUAGUCCUGACCCCAAAUCAGAACUUGGCCUUGUCAAACCUGAUGGGAGAUUGAGGUAGCAUCUGGUGCACCCUUCAGUGGCAUGGGAUUUAAAAGGGAAAAUAAACCAUAGAUUCACAAAUCCACAGAAAUGAAAAGUCUGAGCAAAUGAAUAGGGUUUAUUGCUUUGUGGAAGCAACGAAUCAUCCAUUGGCACAGGUGUUUUGAAAAGUCCUUCUUGGAUGUCGUUGUGGGUUUUUCCUUACAUUUCGAUUGAUAGCACUUCCCUACAAUUGGCAGGGCGCUGACAACAGACGCUGAUUAAGGGCUCACAUGCGCAAAAGUUUCAUGUAUUGUAUAAUUAUGGGAAGCCCCUUUGCACAAAUGUCUUCUAUAUUUUUCUACUUCCAUGUAUUUGUGUGUUUGUCAUUGGUAUUAAGAAAUAUACUUACAAGGAGUUUAUCAUA